AUGCCACGUGGAAAGUACACCAACCACAAAGGCCGUAACCGUAAAUUUACAAGCCCGGAGGAAUUGGAAGAACAGCGUAAGCUAGAGGAGCAAAAAAAGAAGUGGAGAAAAGAACAUGGAGAUGAAUCAUCAAGUGAGGAAGAGUCUGAAGGAAACAAGUCAGGUUCUGGAAGCAGUGACGAAAGUGACUCAGAUGAUGAUACCCCAGCAAAGGCAAAGGGUGUGUCUGGUCUAAUUGAAGUGGAAAAUCCAAACCGAGUAGUUAAGAAGAAUAAGAAAUUAACAAACUUGGACAACCUUGGUGAGGGGGAAAAACCUCAGUUGUCAAGGCGUGAACGAGAAGAAAUAGAGCGACAGCGAGCAGCAGCCGCCUACCAGAAAGCACACGCUGAAGGAAAAACUGAGCAGGCCCGAGCAGAUCUAGCCCGACUUGCGAUUAUUCGGCAACAGCGAGAGGAGGCUGCGAAGAGACGCGAAGCUGACAAGAAGGCUAAGGAGGAAACAUCUAAGAAAAGGUAG